UCAAGAGCCUUGACUGAGAGGCUGUGUCUGCCUGUGGGGUAGGGGUCGAUGAACGCUUGGCCCGGUUUGCCUGCACAGUCCCUGCUUGUGGGUGUUCUCCUGGCAUAAUUAUCAAUGGCUCCUCCUUCCACUCUCGGGAGUGUCCGAGUCUGGAAGGCAAAUUCUACGAUCACUCUGGGUAUGAAGGAUGAAAUGCAUACAUCAGAGAGCAAAGAAAGGCUCCUGGCAUUAAAGACGGAAUAAGUGAGAAGUGGCAUUAAAGAAGGAAGGAGAGUGAGAAAACCAGGCUGCUCACAGGCGGAAAGGUUCUCCAGGACAGAGGAGUGUCCUUUUUAUAAAUUAACUAGAAAGACAGCAGACGAGGCAGGCCAGGCCACUGACCUUUCCUUUCAGAGGCCAAAGCACAUGCUCCCCACAGGAUUCCAAGAAAUGCCUCGUGGCCUCUGGGGAGAUAACCACACAGCACCCACACCCUCCCCAUUCCAUGACACAAAGCUUCUAUUGCCUACGACCUCCUUGCAACUCCUGCUACUGCCAUCUCUAAACCUCCAAUGUUUUCCACCAGGUCUGCCUGAUGACCUCAUCCAGAAGGGGAAGGACAUCAAGGGGGUGACAGAAAUCGUGCAGAAUGGAAAGCACUUCAAGUUCACCAUCACCACCGGGUCCAAAGUGAUCCAAAAUGAGUUCACCCUGGGGGAGGAGAGUGAACUGGAUUCCGUUACCGGGGAGAAGGUCAAGACGGUGGUUAAUCUGGAAGGCAACAAUAAACUGGUGACAACUUUCAAAGGCAUAAAGUCGGUGACCGAACUCAACGGAGACACACUGACCAGUGUAAGUUGACACUCUGAGCUUGCAUCUCCCAGUACUUGAGAGAAAAGAAUGGGUGAAAUGUGAGGAGCAGCCCCUCCUCCUCCCCUGCCUUCAUGAUUAUCAAUAUCUACUACCAUUUACUGCAGAGUCAUAUAUAAAAAAAAUUUUUUUUUUCAUAUAUGCCAGGUAGUUACACACAUCAUCUCCAA